ACCACACACGCGAUGUCGACGCGACUCUUCUCUCGAGCAAUCCCCUCGUCCUCCCGCACACUCCUCCCCUCCUCGUCCCAGGCCAUCGCCGCCAGCCGUGCCUCGUCCUCCCAAAGACAGCGCAUCCUCGUCGGCGCGCAAGUGCGGUGGAACAGCGCCGUCGCGGCGAAGGCGCGAAAGGAAAAGUUCCUCCCCGACUUCUCCAUGGCCGGCAAGGCCACCAUGAUCACAGGCGGCGCCCGCGGCCUCGGAUACGAGUUCUGUCGCGCGUUCGUGCAGUCUGGCUGCACGUCCCUCGCCAUCGUCGAUCUCAAGGAGGAAGAAGCGGAAGAGUCCGCCCGCACCCUCGUCACCGAAGCAUGCCUUGACAGUGAUAUGGACCCGAAAGACUAUCAGAUCAUUGGCAUCGGCUGCGACGUCUCAAGCGAGCUCAGCGUGCAGCAGGCGUACAGGCGCACGAUGGACACCUUCGGCCGCAUCGACAGCGUCGUCGCGAGCGCUGGCAUCGUCGAGAACUACUCCGCGUUCGAUUACCCCUUCGAUCGGAUAAAGCGUCUGUACGAUAUCAACGUUCACGGCGCGUUCUUCACCGCGCGCGAGGCUGCCCGGCAUAUGAUCCCUCAGGGCGGAGGCAGCGUCGUCCUCGUUGCCUCGAUGUCCGCCAACAUCGUCAACAUCCCCCAACCACAGACGCCUUACAACUCCGCCAAGGCUGCGGUCAAGCAUAUGGCUUCGUCCCUCGCCGUGGAGUGGGCGAAAAAGGGUGUUCGUGUCAACUGCCUCAGCCCCGGCUACAUGUUGACCAAGCUCACGAAGACCAUUCUUGCGCACGAUCAGGAGCUCAAGAAAACCUGGGAAAGCCUUACUCCCAUGGGCCGCAUGGGCGACCCAGAGGAUCUUUCGGGUGCCAUCGUUUUCCUCGCAAGCGACGCGUCUCGCUUCAUGACCGGCUCAGAAAUACGCGUCGACGGUGGCUACUGCUGUGUCUAAAGCCUGCGACAUCGCCCCAACAUGCUCCAACGUCCCGUCGUCAUGAUACCCACCUGGAUGCCCCCCAGACGCACAGACCUGCACCAGCCCACAAAAGCAACAUACAACCAUACAAUACUCAAUAAAUGACAACCUCUUAGAAGAUAUAGAUUAACUUAUUCGCACUCACCUGAAGUAGCUGUCUUAAUUGCUCUUUAUCUGCAACGUCUUCGCAAUCACUCUUGGGCCAUCGUUGGAUGCAGCGGACUAUUUGCUCAUUUUCUUAGCUUGGCUGUGUAUGCUCAUACGUUCUGGCACGCUGCACAACUUUCCUGUAACAUUUUCUGUACUCAUUAAAUACAUCUGUGGACUUUUCUUCUC